AUGACGCCCGCUGCGAUUCAAGCCCAUCCAUGGAGCACAAUGAAGGGGCACUUCGCGCAGGUCAAGUACGAUCCGGAGCUCGGGGUGGUCGUGUUCGACCAGGACCAUCUGUUCUUGGACUGCAUGCUAGCUGCCAGUCAAGCUGUGUCAACCAGAAAGACUUUUUCAGAGCACAGAGCUCAUUGCCUUGCAGGCCCUGUCGUUCAGGAUGCUGAUGACCCUGAAAGGGCAAAUCGCGUCUGGGGCUUUGCGGAGAACCAGAGCGAAGUAGAGUACCCAAGCCUGCCCAACGUCUCGGCGCCGCUGUGGAUGCAGCGCAUGCUUGAGGCGCGAAGGCUGUGCAUGACUGUAGUGCGUGGACGCGGUUCGUCAAAUGCCUACCUGUUCAAGGGGAUGGUUGUCAGCAUUUCGGCCAACAUCGACUGCAAUCACGACCUCAACUCCUACUCGUACGGAUAA